UUAAACAAUUUUCUAAAUCAAAUAAUUAAUAAAGAAACAAAAUUAUUUUAUUUUGUUACGGUUUUGAUUAUUUUAUGAAAGAAAGGAAAGCACUUUAUGGAAUUUUGUUUCAGUUUCGGGAAUGUAGCAAAAAGUCCAAUAUGGAAAAUCAAAUGUGUCAACUCUGGGAUCCCACAGAAAUUUUUCGUUCUUUAGACGAAAAUCAUGCAAUUGUUGUCCUAAAUAGACCCAUUUUAUGUGAAGAGAGUGUUAUAAAAAACAUUUGGAAAACAGCCAAAGUCACGGUCACUGUCGAUGGCGGAACAGACAGAUGGUUGACCUUUCUGGGAAAGGAUGGAGAAAAGGUUCUAAAUGGCAGCUGUCAAGAGUAUUUACCAACUCUUAUAACUGGAGAUAUGGAUAGCGUGUCGGCGGGAACACUUAAAAAAUUAGAAUCUCAUGGUUCGAAGGUCCUUCGUACCAUGGAUCAGAAUAAAACGGACUAUACCAAAUCGCUGCAAGAACUUGGCUUUUAUUGCAGAGAAAGUGAGAUCAAACUGAAAGCCGCGUAUGUACUUGCUGAAACAAGCGGAAGGUUUGAUCAAAUAAUCGCCGGCAUCAGCACCUUAUAUAAAAGUCUACAUAUCUUGGACAAAACUCCGGUGAUACAAAUAUCGAAAAAUUCGCUAAUUUGGCUACUGCAGCCAGGAAUGCACAAAAUAAUAAUACCUGAAGCCUUAAAAAAUUGUAACAGUUGGUGUGGUCUCUUACCAAUUGGUUUUCCGGCCAAAAAUGUUUCAACAACUGGCCUAAAGUGGAAUUUGGAAAAACAAUGUUUGGCCAUGGAUGGUUUAGUAAGUUCUUCCAAUACUUACGCUGAUGAGCCUUACGUGACUGUGUCUACCGAUAGCCCAAUUGUAUGGACAAUGGGCAUCGAACCAAUAAUAAAGAAUAUUCGAAGAUAGUACAUUUUUAUCGCAACCUAUACAGAAAAGCGCAAAACCUGUACAAUUCAGGGUAGUUCAUAAAUUCUCUGAUUUUCUUUCAAACUGCCCCCUCUUCAGAUUUUGUUUAGGUUUUCGAAAAAAUAGACACUUAAUUUUUUACGUUAAACCCCUUUACAGGAUCCCCGAGAAAUUCUAUCGCAACCUAUACAGAAAAGCAGAAAACCUAUACAAUUCAGGUUAGUUCAAAAAUGCAAUGAAUUUUUUUCCUCUGAUCUUUUUUAGGAUUCCAAAAAAUUCAUUUGUUAUAUUUUUUAUUUUGAAUACUUUUAUAGGAUCCCCAAAAUUUAUAUCGGUACCUAUACAGAAAUGCACAAAACCUAUACAUUUCAGGGUAGUUCGAAAAUGCUAUGAUUUUUUUCAAAAUGCCCCCUUCCUCUCGUUUUUUUAGGUUUCUAAAAAAAUGAACACUUAAUUUUUUUAUAUUAAACCCUUCUCUAGGACCUCAAAAAAAAAUUUAGCGCAACCUAUACAGUAAAGCACAAUACCUGUACAAUUCAGGUUUUUUUAGGUUUCCAGAUAAUUAAGUUAUUAUUAUAAUUUUUUUUUAACAUUUGAUAGAAUCCCCACAAAUUUUUACCCCAACCUAUACAGAAAAUAAAAAAACCUAUACAAUUCAAAGUGGUCCGAAAAUGAACUGACUUUUUUCAAACCUGAUACCCUCCCUCUUAUUUUUGUUUGGCUUCCAACCAAAUGAACACCUUUUUUAUAUUGAAUCCUUUUCUAGGAUAUCUAAUAAAAUUAACGCUACCUAUACAGAAAAGCACAAAACCUAUACAAUUUAGGGUUUAUUUUAGGUUUCCAAAAAAUUAAGUUUUUAUUUUUUCAAGUUCAAACAUUUUAUAGGAUCCCCACAAAUUUUUGUCGCACCCUAUACAGAAAAGUAGAAAACCUGUACAAUUCAGGUUAGUUCAAAAAUGCAAUGCAUUUUUUUGUUCUGAUUUUUUCUUAGGUUUUCAAAAAAUUAACUUGUUAUUUUUUUUACUUUGAACACUUUUAUUGGAUCCCCAAAAUUUGUAUCGGUACCUAUACAGAAAAUCACAAAACUUAUAAAAUUCAGGGUGGUUAAAAAAAUGCACUGAUUUUUUUUCAAAUUGCCUCUUCUGAUUUUUUUUAGGUUUCUCAAAAAAUAAACACUUAAUUUUUUUAAAUUAAACCAUUCUCUAAGAUCUCCAAAAAAAUUUUAUCGCGACCUAUACAUGAAAGCACAAAAACUAUACAAUUAAGGGUAAUUCAAAAAUGCACUGAUUUUGUGUAAGUUUCCAAAAAGUUAACUUGUUUUUAUUUUAUUUUUUGGAAAUCUUUUAUAGGAUCCCCACAAAUUUUGAUCGCAACCUAUACAGAGAAGCAAAAUACCUAUACCAUUCAGUGGUCCAAAAAUGAACUGAUUUUUUUCAAACUGAUCCCCACCCUCUGGUUUUUUUUUGUAGAGUUCCAAGAAAAAAUAAACCCUUUUUUUAUAUUAAACCCUUUUAUAGGAUUUCCAAAUAUUGUAUCGCAACCUGUACAGAAAAUCGCAAAACCUAUACAAUUCCGGGUGGUUCAAAAAUCUAGUUAAAUUUUUUUGUUUUAAACUGCUCCCCUCUCACCCUGAUUUUUUACCGUUUCCAAAAAAAUGAACACAUAUUUAAUCCUUUUCUAGGUUAUAAAAAAAAUGUAGUGCAACCUAUAUAGAAAACCACGAAACCUAUACAAUUCAGGGUGGUUCAAAAAUGCAUGUCGAUUUUUUUUCAAACUGCUGCCCUCUCAAUCUGAUUUUUUUCCAUUUCCGAAAAAAAAUGAAUACUUUUUUUAUAAAAAAUCCUUUUCUAGGUUAUCCAAAAGAAUGUAGUGCAACCUAUACAGAAAAGCACAAAACCUAUACAAUUCAGGUUCUUUUUUAGGUUUCCAAAAUACUUAUCACUUAUUUUUUUAUAUUGAACCCUUUUAUAUAAUUCCCAAAAAACUUCAUAAUGAUUGAUCACUUAUUUUUGCGUUUAUUUUUGUAUUAUAUUUUACAAUGUAU